AUGGUGGCCCUUCCUUCCAGCAAAAAAACACACAGUGAAAAACACAAGCAGAUUUUCAGGCAGCUUCUCAAGGAGACUGCAAACAAGUCAUGCGUGGACUGUAAGACCUCAACACACCCCCGGUGGGCUUCGUGGAAUUUGGGUUGCUUCUUCUGUAUCCGCUGCUCAGGAAUCCACCGUUCCAUGGGGACGCACAUCUCGCGUGUCAAGUCGGUCGAUUUGGACGCGUGGACCGACGAGCAGGUCGAAUCAAUGGUGAAAUGGGGUAACGAGAAGUGUAACUUGUAUUGGGAGGCCAAGUUGCCUCAAGGAUAUGUUCCUGACAGCAGCAAGAUUGAAAACUUCAUUCGCACCAAAUAUGACAUGAAAAAAUGGGUGGCUCUGCCGAGGGUUCCUGAUCCGAUGACUCUUCACACUUCCGGGCCACAGCAAACCCAUGGCCUUGCUGAAGAGGAAAGAGCUUCCGAGCAGAAACUGGUCCAUGUGGCUUCUGGAAAGUCACAACCUAAAAGUGAGCUUCUUUUGGAUGAUGAUUUCGGAUCUUUUUCGUCUGCUGCAACUAAAUCAUCACAGCACACAAACAUUGUUUCUUCCCAAUCUCAGGCAAAGGGUAAUGCGCACACAGCUUCUGCUUCAUCUCCUUUAGAAAACCGUGGCAAUCUUCUCUCUGCGAAGUCCUCGUCGGAGCCUCCCUCUGAGGUGGUUCCUGACCAGAGAAAAGAUCUCAAAAAGUCCAUUCUUUCCCUUUAUUCAACUCCUUCAUCGUCAUCCUCUUCCCUGAGCUUCAAUAAUGGUACAUCUAACGGUUUCCUGGGUAUUAGAAGUACGGGCACUAGCCGUGCGCCAGCUACUCAAUCCUUUCAAUUCCAACGGCCUAUGGGUGUUCAAAGCGGGUCACUGGGUGCACUGCAACCUGCUCGCUCUCCAACAACUGACUCCGUCAACAGCAUGUCUGACUCUUUGUUGGGUUUAAAUUUCGGUGCCCCCAGUAAGCCUGCUGCCCCUUCACCUGUCUAUGCCUCGUCAAAUUCGCAAACACCUGUUCAUACCCCAAACCAAGCGCAACACUCGAAGGCUAAUACCCCGGCACAAUCGUGGAAUAAUGAAUGGAGUAACCUACCAGCAUCUGAUAAUCCGUGGGGCUCCAUGUCAAAUAGCCAAUCGUCCUCGUCGGUACUUGGGCGUUCGUCAGUUGCAAACACAGGCUUCGACUCUAGAACAAAGGAUCUUGAAGAUGAUCUCUUCAAGAAUGUCUGGACGUGA